AUGAAGUCGUCCGCGACACCGCCUAAGGACGAGACAUCAUCGACGUCAGCAGAUGACUCCUCCGAGCACGAAACAGAAGAGACCGAGCCUACCCCUACAGGAGCCCCGUCACGGCCCUCGGUCUCUGCGACGCAGGCGUUAUCAUCGACUGGUAGACCGCUGUUGGUGAGAUCGCCGCCCGGGAGGCUCUCGGAGAUCAGUCGCAGCCCAGAAACAGAGGGAGGGCAGGGCAAUGCCACAGACAGCAGUGUCGAGGUGGAGCUGGGACCAAGCGAUGGCACAAAACACAACGAACGCAGUGGCAAGGCCGGCGCGAGCAUCAGAAGCAGCGCAUCGAAAGGCAAAGGGAUCGUGCAGGUUCCACCGCACGGAGAUCUGGAGCAGAUAAAAGCUGCGCUGAACACUAAGAUACUGUCUGAGACUCGCGCACGCCGCAGCUACGGUUCCAGCUCUGGCGCGCGAGAUGAGAAGAAGCGGGUGUCGCCGAUCAAGGAGGAGGAAGGCGCCACACCUCCCAGAUCCAUCGUGGGGAUGUUUACAGGACCACAGGAGCCGGUGCGCACCGCAUCAACAGUCUCUACGGAGUCGACCGAGAGCAAUCGAACCAUACGAGGCAGUGUGCCUGCUACUCCUGCUGGUCAACCGUUACGCACGCCAUCUUACCCGUUCCCAUACGUCCCAGGGACGCCCCGAACAUGGUCGAACUCCUUUCACCAGCCUUUCACUGCGCUAUCACCGACUGUCAGCAACCAGACUGCCGGUGACGGGCACACCACUCCUGGAAGGUCCAGCCAUGGAGACAUUGCCUCUGGGGGUAGUACGCCCGCUGCAAAUAGUGCUCUCAUGCCUGGUAUCCAGCAUGGAAGUGAGGACCCUCGCUUUCCGACUCCCAAUUUGUACGAUCUGGUGCUUCACCUCAACUGCGAGCCAGGUUUGGAACAGUGGUGGGCGACUGUAACGAAUAUCCUGCAUGAUCAUUUCAAGGCCGAGCGAGCCACUCUGGUGCAACCCGUCGAUCCAACAGAUAUCGAGAAUGUACCAUGGGGACAGAAGGCUACAUUUAGUAUGUUUGGACAAGAAGAGUUUGUCCCUCAUCGUACUGUCUUGGAGCAGACAUAUGCAGCUCAAGUUUCCGGCCUGCGAAGACCGGAACUCGUUAUGCGCGAACCUUCUUCGGAAGCCGUCAUGGACGACACACUGCAGAAAUUGCAUCCAGAGCGGUUGCGACCACGCUUGGAAUCGCGCCAUUCUUAUGCAGGCCAUGGGAGGGAAGUUCGCGAUGUACUAAGUACCCUCAAUGAACCGAGUCAACGAACGCGACCAGGAGGACCUCAGCGUACCGUCACCCACGCAGCUGGCGUCAAUACCAAUCGAGCGCUUCCCAAACGAAUGUCAUCUGUCAGCAGCAAUCGACACGGCUCUUUGAGCGACCCGGACUUUAGCAGUGUGGGAAUAAAUGACGGACCUCAUGCCGAAAUCUUCACUAAUCUUCGAGCCCUGGACCAUGAAUCUCAUCCGCUGAUUGAGCCUGGGGGCGUCAAUCGUGUCCUCGAUCGAGGGCGGAUCGUUACCGUGACCAGAGACUAUGUGUCCGACCCUAAGACCCACCCGGCAUCGCACUCCGCCCCAGAAGCAUCAUCGUCUGUAUUUGAACAGCACCGCAGCACAUUCCUUCCCGAAAGUGCUGCUGGGAUUCGCCGAGGCUAUGAGGAGUAUGAGCAGCAUCCUGCCUCCCCGUGGGCUCAGUCGCCUGCACCAUCUCCAGCGAUUCAGUCGGACGAAGAGUCCAAUCCUUUCUUCACAUCAGACGAUGCGCAGGUGGACGACUCCUUCAAUGACGCUGCCAGUCCAAAGGACUAUUCUCAGUUCGGCCAGGUCGAGGCUAUCGGCGUGGAUCGUGCCAGUACUGUGAUUCACAUUCCUUUGGUACACCCUACCCUGUCACAGCCGAUGCAGUCUUUGCGAAUGACACCUCAAUCAAAGGAUAAAUCGAACAGACUACAUCGGAGCAAUACUGUUGACCUGGGCAGGAAGGCUCCAAUCGCUGUUCUGUCGGUACUGACAUCAACCGUACCCUAUCCGACUAACCUUGCGCAGGCGCUCAAGCUGCUUGGACCUCAUCUAGCGACAUCCUUUGCAACAGCGCAGCAAUUCUCAGCGACUCAUGUACAAAAUGUAAACAUUCGACAUCGUCGAACAGCGAGUGGUCAUAAUCCUACCACUGCACCCAUGACAAUAGAACCUCGAGGUCUUGAGGAGCUGGCGCAUGCCGAGGUAGAGCAGCCGCCGGGCUCAGCAUCUGGCAGCAUCACAAGUCCGUCAGAAUACUCGGGUAGAUCAAGAGCAAGUCCUUCAGGGUCCUUCGCUGGUACACCGGGUUGGGAUCCCGCAUCUCAUGGUUGGACGGCCAGCAGAUCUGUUGCUGGUACACCAGCGCUAUCAGGUACUGAGAUGGUAGACAACUACUUUGAUGCAAAGAAGCGACCAAGUCAUCGCAGUGGUAGCAAUGCUAGCGCGACGCAGACUCCUGGCAAGUCUUCGAAGAGCGCAGGGAGCAACGAGAGCAAAACGGCAGCGGAUGACGAGUCCAAAACACCUCGAAGCCAGCGCAAGUUGAGGAUCAAUCCAAACGGAAAGGAUGGCAAAGACGACAAGUCGCCAGCACAGCUCCCGACACGAGAGCGCAGUCCGCCCCGCUCCGCAGAUGGACCAUCACCAUCAAGACCGACUAUGCGCCCUGCGACAUCCUCGUUUUCACAGCUCGAAGGCUCCAAGCAACAUUCGUUGCUGCACUCUUACGGCGCCGACAUUUUGUCCUCUUUCGGCGGGUUCACGCCAAUUGAUGCGCCGACUCCAGGGUUUGCUUCAACGCCGGGACCUGGCGCUCACGCUCGCAAGAGCUCAUACCCUGAAGACAUGCCUCCGCCCUCGGAACGCCUACUACGAACCAUAAUAGAUUCAGUACCCGUUCAGAUCUUCACUGCACAGCCGGAGACGGGCUCGCUCAGCUGGGUCAAUUCGAAGUUCCUUAUCUAUCGAGGCCAGGAGCCCCGGGAGGUUCUCAGUGACCCCUGGCAAGCCAUACAUCCUGAUGAUCGCAACGACUUUCUGCCAGCUUGGCAUCGUUCACUUCGUACUAAUCAGCAGCUGCAACAGAAAGUUCGCCUGCAGAGGUUUGACGGUAGCUAUCGGUGGUUUUAUGUCAGAGCAGCACCGCUCAAGGACAAACGACAGAAAGUGGUGCACUGGAUCGGCACCAUGAUGGACUUCCAUGAGCAACAGCUUGCUGAGCACAAUUCAGCCCGCCAACAAGAGACUGCCGCAUCGGAGGCCAAGUACCGUGCGCUGGCUAACUCCAGCCCUCAGAUCGUCUUUGCAGUCAAUAAGAUUAAAGGCGUGACGUUCUGCAACACACAGUGGCUGCAUUACUCGGGGCAGACAGAGUCCCAAGCUCUCGGCGUCGGCUUUAUGGAUCAGGUUCAUCCAGAAGAUCUUGCGAAGUGUAGAUUGCCGACCUUCGAUGGUGAGACCGGCCAGCCGACGAAUGUGCCGACUUCGCUGCCACCAGAACCAAGACGUACUGUUUCCCAGUCGAACGCAUCAUCUAGCGGAUCAUCCGAGACUGAAAGAGCUUUCUCUAGUUCGGAUGACUCUGUGGUCACAUCCCCCAUCGCGCAGAUGCCGCAGCGGAAGCUAUCAGAACUUGCAAGCACAGGCAUCCUGAAGGUUUCUCGCGAUGCCGAUGGUCGACAAUCGUACUCCACAGAGGUCAGGCUCAAGUCAAAGGAUGGCAACUUCAGAUGGCACUUGGUUCGUGUACUACUUGCAGAUCCUCUGCUUGAUCACGAUGAGGGCGAGACCUGGUAUGGUACCUGUACAGACAUCAACGACCACAAGACACUGGAGCGGGACCUGAAGGAGACCAUGGACGAGAAGUCAAGAUUCCUGAGCAACAUGUCCCACGAGAUACGUACUCCUCUAAACGGCAUCACAGGAAUGGUCAAUUUCCUGAUUGACAGCAGCCUCACCGUUGAGCAAAUGGAGCAUGUGAACAUCAUUCGACAGAGCACAGAGGGUCUCCGUGGGUUGAUUAAUGACAUUCUGGACCUGUCCAAGGCCGAAGCUGGCAUGAUCCAGCUGAACAUGGACUGGCUCUAUGUCCGCGCGCUAAUCGAAGAGGUCAAUGAUUUGACUUCAGCUCUUGCUAUUGACAAGGGCUUGGAGCUGAACUACAUCGUCGAGGAAGAAGUACCGCCACAGGUCAAGGGUGACCGCUUCAGAUUACGACAGAUCCUACUGAACAUUGUUGGCAAUGCGCUCAAAUUCACACAACAAGGAGAGGUCCUAGUCCGGUGCUGCCUUCAGAAGGAUACUUGUCAUGAUCUCGACGAGAACGAAUUGUACAUCCGCUUUGAGGUUGUUGACACUGGUCGGGGCUUCACAGACCGCGAGGCCGAAUACUUGUUCAAACGGUUCAGUCAAAUUGAUGGCAGUAGCACAAAGCAGCAAGGCGGCACUGGUCUUGGGCUUGUGAUCUCGAAACAGCUUGCACAACUACACGGAGGAGACAUGGGUGCUAGAGGUGUUCCGGGCUCAGGCUCUACUUUCACAUUCUUCAUCAAGGGGGCCCUGCCCUCCCGCGAGGAUAGGCCGCCACCGCCCACUCCCGGACCGCAGGGUCUACCGCUUCCCGGCCCUGUGGCAUCUUCAGUGGCGCCAACAGCAUUGACAAAGGUGCCGUCUCUGCCAUCCUAUACCGAAACCCUUGGGAAAGCCUCUCCUAGGUUCCUCCAGGAAGUCUCAGGAUCCCCGUCGCCCUACUCGCCAGACAACGGUAAAGACUCUCCCUCGGUUUCCUCGGCCAGCUCCGAUCCUUCUGUACGUUCAGCCACUAGGACUGGUAGUGUGCGGUCGGACAGAUCGUCUGUUUCUUCGAUCAUUCCAGAUCCUUCCGUAUCGAGUACUUCUAGUCUUCCGAUGAAGCUGUCACUGCCAGAGGGUGGUCCCACAAUGGUGGCUAAGGGCCACUCCCCGGCCUCGACAGGCUCAGAGAACUCGGCGACAUCGACAGAAACAGUGCGGCCUACCUCCGCUGUAGUGCCACCUAUGUUCUCGAUACUCGUCAUAGCGCCAUGGAAGUACAGUCGCGAAGCUACUGUUAGACACAUCGACAUGACCUUGCCAAAGAACAUACCUCAUCAGAUCACUGCUCGAGAAAGCUUCGCUGACUGUCAAGAUAUGCUCGGUGGAGAAGAGCCGGUCAUCUUUACUCACAUUGUGGUCGUGCUACAAGACGUGAAUCAGAUUCUUGGUCUCAUGCGUCAAAUCUUCAGCUCGCCGACAUCAUCGACUGCCAUGGUAUUGAUCACGGAUCUGGCGCAGCGAAGGAAGAUCAUGGAGCAAGCGCCAGACUACAAUUAUGAUCAGCUUGUGAGUGACCGGAGGUUGAGAUUUGUCUUCAAGCCAUUGAAGCCAUCACGAUUCGGCCUUAUCUUCGACCCGCAGAAGGAGCGUGAGAUGAGUCUCGACCGGAAUCAAGACAGUGCACAGCAAGUCGCUGUCAACCAGAAGCAAGUUUUCGAAGAGUUGACCAAGAGGCUUGGUAAUCGAGCAAACCGUGUCCUGCUGGUCGAAGACAACCGUGUCAACCAAAUGGUUAUCCUCAAGUUCUUGGCCAAAGUAUCGAUCAAAGUGGACACCGUGAUGGACGGCGUUCAAUGCACGGACAAAGUGUUCGACAAGCCGCACGGAUACUACUCUAUCAUUCUUUGCGAUCUCCACAUGCCCAACAAAGAUGGAUACCAAUCCUGCAAGGAGAUCCGCAAGUGGGAGAGGAAGAACAAAUUCCCACAUCUACCAAUCAUAGCAUUAUCUGCAAAUGUCCUCGGCGACGUAUACCAGAAAUGCGCCGAAGCUGGAUUCAACAGCUAUCUCACUAAGCCAGUCGACUUCAAAGAGCUGAGCACAGUCCUAAUGUCUUUUAUGGAUCCCCAGGACCCAACAAAGCCGCAUGAGUUCAUGAAGCUCAAGCGCGGCCAUGUGCCAACUUCUAUGUCGUCGAGCGCAAGAUGA